GCUUUGGCGGGUAUUUUGCGACUCCUCGGUGCCUUCAGAGGCGCUCUGCGGGAGCCUGUGGGAAGCAGCUCGGUUUUGUUUGUUUAUUUAUUUAUUUUUUUGUGAGAGCGGCCUCUCCAGGCUCCCAGGCCUUCCCUUCGGGACGCUCAGGGGCUACUCCCGCGUUUUCUUUUGAAAAAUAAUUUUUCUGUGACUUGAACCUGGGGCCUCCCGACGGCGUGAGGGCUCGGGCCGCUGGGUUCCGUCCUCUCCCCGGCCCCCGAGGGACCUAGACCUGCUCGCCCGGCUCCGCGCCCGCGGGCGUCCGCGGCUCGGGGCGGAGCUGGGUGGCCAUGGCGGCGUCGGCCCAGCUGCUGGCGGAGGAGCUGCAGAUCUUCGGCCUCGAGUGGGAGGAGGCCGUGACCGAGAAAUUGGCCGAGCUUUGUGUUCUGUAUGGACAGAGUGAGGAGGGAAUGGUAGGCGAGCUUAUAGCCUUCUGUACCAGCACGCGUAAGAUGUGCGUUACCUCCGAGAUUCUCAACUCUUUUGAGCAUGAGUUUCUGAGCAAAAGGCUGUCCAGAGGCAGAGCCCGGCAGGGUGUCUCCAAGGACAGCGAGCACGCCGGCGCCAGAGACAUCGUGUCCAUCCAGGAGCUAAUUGAAGUGGAGGAAGAAGAGGAGACCCUUCUGAACUCUUACACCACACCCUCCAAGGGCUCUCAGAAGCGAGCUAUCACCACCCCAGAAACCCCCCUGACGAAAAGGACUGUGUCUGCCCGUAGCCCCCACCAGCUGCUUUCACCGUCGAGUUUCUCUCCAAGUGCUACGCCCUCCCAGAAAUACAACUCGAGAAAUAACCGAGGGGAAGUGGUCACCUCCUUCGGCUCAGUGCAGGGGGUGUCUUGGUCUGGGGGCGGAGGCGCUGGAAAAGUCAGCCUGAAAGUCUUGGGGUAUCCGGAGCCCCUCACCGCGAGCUACAAAUCCAUGUUUCAGAAGCUCCCAGACAUUCGAGAAGUUCUGACCUGUAGGAUAGAAGAACUCGGCAGCGAACUCAGAGAAUAUUACCAGAUUGAGGCGUUCACCCCCCUUCUCGUCCCAGCACAAGAACCUGUCACUCUGCUGGGACAGAUUGGCUGUGACAGCAACGGGAAGCUGAACAGCAAGUCGGUGAUUCUUGAGGGGGACCGGGAGCAUUCCUCCGGCGCUCAAAUCCCAGUGGAUUUAUCCGAGUUAAAAGAAUACUCUCUGUUUCCUGGACAGGUUGUGGUUAUGGAAGGAACCAACAUCACGGGUAGGAAACUUGUUGCCACCAAGCUCUACGAGGGUGUGCCGCUUCCAUUCUAUGAGCCCACAGAAGAGGAUGGGGAUUUUGAGCAAACCAUGGUCCUGGUCGCCUGCGGACCAUACACCACGUCUGACAGCAUCACGUAUGACCCCCUGCUCGACCUGAUCACCGUCAUCAACCACGACCGGCCGGACGUCUGCAUCCUGUUGGGUCCCUUCCUGGAUGCCAAGCAUGAACAGGUGGAGAACUGUCUCCUGACAAGUCCGUUUGAAGACGUGUUCAAGCAGUGUCUGCGUACGAUUAUCGAAGGGACGAGAAGCUCCGGCUCCCACCUCGUGUUUGUGCCAUCGCUCAGAGACGUGCACCAGGAGCCCGUGUACCCGCAGCCACCAUUCAGCUACCCUGAGCUGGCUCAGGAGGACAGAAAGCGAGUGCGGUUCGUGUCCGAGCCCUGCAGCCUGUCCGUCAACGGAGUGAUCUUUGGUUUGACGUCCACGGAUCUGCUGUUCCACAUGGGCGCCGAGGAGAUCAGCAGUUCUUCCGGAACUUCAGACAGGUUCAGCCGGAUACUCAAGCACAUCCUGACCCAGAGGAGCUACUACCCACUGUACCCUCCCCAGGAGGGCACCGCCAUCGACUAUGAGAACUUCUACGCCUACGCACAGCUGCCCGUCACACCGGACGUCUUCAUAGUCCCGUCAGAGCUGAGGUACUUCGUGAAGGACAUCCUUGGCUGUGUUUGUGUGAACCCCGGGCGCCUCACCAAGGGCCAGGUGGGAGGCACCUUCGGCCGCCUCUACCUCAGGAGGCCGCCCGCGGGCGGGGAGGGGCGGCAGAGUCCCUGCGCCGCUGUCCAGGUGCUCAGGAUCUGAGGGGGGCUCUCGCCCCUCGGCCCUGGCCAGACUUCUCCUCUGGGGGGCGUGGCCGGGGCUUGGUCACGCAGGCAAGGAGGCCCGGGUUUCCUGCGAGGAUCAACCACCCACACAACUUCCGGGUGAAUAAAAGUGAGUCCUGGUGUGU